AUGACUAUUAUUGUCCUUUACGACGCUCGUCUACAGGCCGACACAGAGAAGGCACACGUGCAGUGUCGUCUACAGGCCGACACAGAGAAGGCACACUUACAGUGUCGUCUACAGGCCGACACAGAAAAGGCACACUUGCAGUGUCGUCUAGAGACCGACAAAGAGAAGGCACACGUACAGUGUCGUCUACAGGCCGACAAAGAGAAGGCGCACUUGCAGUGUCGUCUAGAGACCGACAAAGAGAAGGCACACGUACAGUGUCGCCUACAGGCCGACAAAGAGAAGGCACACGUACAGUUUCGUCUACAGGCCGACACAGAGAAGGCACACUUGCAGUGUCGUCUACAGGCCGACAAAGAGAAGGCACACAUACAGUGUCGUCUACAGGCCGACAAAGAGAAGGCACACAUACAGUGUCGUCUACAGGCCGACAAAGAGAAGGCACACUUACAGUGUCGUCUACAAGCCGACAAAGAGAAGGCACACUUACAGUGUCGUCUACAAGCCGACAAAGAGAAGGCGCACUUGCAGUGUCGUCUAGAGACCGACAAAGAGAAGGCACACUUACAGUGUCGUCUACAGGCCGACAAAGAGAAGGCACACGUACAGCGUCGUCUACAGGCCGACAAAGAGAAGGCACAAUUACAGUGUAGUCUACAGGCCGACAAAGUGCAGGCACACGUACAGUGUCGUCUACAGGCCGACAAAGAGACGGCACACGUACAGCGUCGUCUACAGGCCGACAAAGAGAAGGCACUCUUACAGUGUCGUCUACAGGCCGACAAAGGGAAGGCACACGUACAGAGUCGUCUACAGGCCGACACAGAGAAGGCACCCGUACAGUGUCGUCUACAAGCCGACAAAGAGAAGGCACCCGUACAGUGUCGUCUACAAGCCGACAAAGAGACGGCGCACUUGCAGUGUCGUCUAGAGACCGACAAAGAGAAGGCACACUUACAGUGUCGUCUCCAAGCCGACAAAGAGAAGGCGCACUUGCAGUGUCGUCUAGAGACCGACAAAGAGAAGGCACACGUACAGUGUCAUCUACAGGCCGACAAAGAGAAGGCACACGUAGAGUGUCGUCUACAGGCCGACAAAGAGAAGGCACAAGUACAGUGUCGUCUACAGGCCGACAAAGAGACGGCACACGUACAGCGUCGUCUACAGGCCGACAAAGAGAAGGCACAAUUAGAGUGUCGUCUACAGGCCGACAAAGGGAAGGCACACGUACAGAGUCGUCUACAGGCCGACACAGAGAAGGCACACGUACAGCGUCGUCUACAGGCCGACACAGAGAAGGCACGCGUACAGCGUCGUCUACAGGCCGACAAAGAGAAGGCACAAUUAGAGUGUCGUCUACAGGCCGACAAAGGGAAGGCACACGUGGAGUGUCGUCUACAGGCCGUCAAAGAGAAGGCACACUUACAGUGUCGUCUCCAAGCCGACAAAGAGAAGGCGCACUUGCAGUGUCGUCUAGAGACCGACAAAGAGAAGGCACACGUACAGUGUCGUCUAGAGGCCGACAAAGAGAAGGCACCCUUCCAGUGUCGUCUACAGGCCGACAAAGAGAAGGCACCCGUACAGGGUCGUCUACAGGCCGACACAGAGAAGGCACGCGUACAGCGUCGUCUACAGGCCGACAAAGAGAAGGCACAAUUAGAGUGUCGUCUACAGGCCGACAAAGGGAAGGCACACGUACAGAGUCGUCUACAGGCCGACACAGAGAAGGCAACCGUACAGUGUCGUCUGCAAGCCGACAGAGAGAAGGCACACUUACAGUGUCGUCUACAGGCCGACAAAGAGAAGGCACAUGUACAGUGUCGUCCACAGGCCGACACAGAGAAGGCAAACUUACUGUACUGA